AUGGCUGUUGGGACACUCGAUUCCACCCAUGUUCCAAUCCCAUCUGAACAAGAUAAAGAAGACGAUUUCAUCACUGAGUUAACUCACCAUAUGUCUCGCUUCAUUCUUCAAGAAGAUAACGACGACUCAUUCGAUUUCACGAAACCAUGGGACUUAACGGUUUCGCCCGAUUCAACUCUCUGGUCACCGGUGAGUUAUAACCAUGGAAGCUCAGAAGGCUCAUCUCAAGAACCAUCACCACCAGCUACCCCUACACCAUGUUGGAAGACUACAACAACCUACGAUCAUGUCGUGUUUGAGAAUACUAUUAAUGUUACAAAAUCGAUUUACGCAGGCCGAGAAUUGAUUCAGGAACAAAUCAAAGCCAUUGAAGUAAGGAAACAACAGGAAAAAGGUAAUAAUGGAGUGAACCGGGUUCGUCCUCGUCCGCCAAGGUUGGCUCCAUUGCAGACCGGUUUGCGCGCGGUUUUUAUCGGUGGACCCGGUUUAAGAAAUGGGACCGGUGUUUUUUUGCCUCGCUCUGGAACCGUUGCUCCACCGGAAUCAACAAAAAAGAAAGGGAAAGGUUGCUCCACUGUCCUUAUACCAGCAAGAGUUGUGCAAGCUUUGCAACAACACUUUGACAAAACCGCUGCAAUAUCUGGAGGACCCAAAGUUGUUGGCUUCCCUCCACUACGAGAUCUUGUUGUGAGUGAUAAGGAAGGUAUGUAUUCACUUGAGAACCAACAGUCAACAAAAGCACCAAAAGAUGUCCAAGAUGAUAUGAUUCUGCCUCAAGAAUGGACAUAUUGA